CGGCAGGUGCUCCCAGCGGCCUUGGACCAGCGAGCGGCGGGGCAGAGCGGCGCGGCGAGCGCUGGCACUGCGGACUGGGGAGAUGCUGCGUGAGCGGACCGUGCGGCUGCAGUACGGGAGCCGCGUCGAGGCGGUGUACGUGCUGGGCACCUUCCUCUGGACCGAUGUCUACAGUGCAGCCCCAGCCGAGGCCCAGACCUUCAGCCUGAAGCACUCAGAGCACGUGCAGGUGGAGGUGGUGCGGGAUGGGGAGGCUGAGGAGGUGGCCACCAACGGCAAACAGCGCUGGGCUCUCUCACCUACCACCACGCUGCGGCUCACCAUGAACAAGGCGAGCACCGAGGCCAGCAGCGACAAGGUCACCAUCAACUACUAUGACAAAGAGGGGAGUGUUCCCAUCGACCAGGCUGGGCUCUUCCUCACAGCAAUUGAAAUCUCCCUGGACGUGGACGCAGACCGGGAUGGCGUGGUGGAGAAAAACAACCCAAAGAAGGGAUCCUGGACCUGGGGCCCCGAGGGCCAGGGGGCCAUCCUGCUGGUGAACUGUGACCGAGAAACACCCUGGUUGCCCAAAGAGGACUGCAGUGAUGACAAAGUCUACAGCAAGGAAGACCUCAAGGACAUGUCCCAGAUGAUCCUGCGGACCAAAGGCCCCGACCGCCUCCCCGCUGGAUACCAGAUAACACUCUACAUCUCCAUGUCGGACUCGGACAAAGUGGGCGUAUUCUACGUGGAGAACCCAUUCUUUGGCCAGCGCUACAUCCACAUCCUGGGCCGGCGGAAGCUCCACCACCUGGUCAAGUACACAGGCGGCUCCGCAGAGCUGCUGUUCUUCGUGGAAGGCCUCCGCUUCCCCGAUGAGGGCUUUUCAGGCCUGGUGUCCAUCCACGUCAGCCUGCUCGAGUAUAUGGCCCAGGACAUUCCCCUGACACCCAUCUUCACAGACACCGUGGUAUUCCGGAUCGCUCCGUGGAUCAUGACCCCCAACAUCCUGCCUCCUGUGUCAGUGUUCGUGUGCUGCAUGAAGGAUAAUUACCUGUUCCUGAAAGAAGUGAAGAACCUGGUGGAAAAAACCAACUGUGAGCUGAAGGUCUGCUUCCAGUACAUCAACCGAGGCGACCGCUGGAUCCAGGAUGAAAUUGAGUUUGGAUACAUCGAGGCCCCCCACAAAGGCUUUCCCGUGGUGCUGGACUCCCCCCGAGAUGGCAGUCUGAAGGAUUUCCCUGUGAAGCAGCUCCUGGGCCCAGAUUUCGGCUACGUGACCCGGGAGCCCCUCUUUGAGGCUGUCACCAGCCUUGAUUCCUUUGGGAACCUGGAAGUCAGUCCCCCAGUGACCGUGAACGGCAAGACAUACCCCCUUGGCCGGAUCCUCAUUGGAAGCAGCUUUCCUCUGUCCGGUGGGCGACGGAUGACCAAGGUGGUACGUGACUUCCUGCAGGCCCAGCAGGUGCAGGCGCCUGUGGAGCUCUACUCAGACUGGCUGACUGUGGGCCAUGUGGACGAGUUCAUGACCUUCGUGCCCAUCCCAGGCACAAAGAAAUUCCGGCUACUCAUGGCCAGCACCUCGGCCUGCUACAGGCUUUUCCGAGAGAAGCAGAAGGAGGGCCAUGGGGAGGCCAUCAUGUUCAAAGGCUUGGGUGGAAUGAGCAGCAAGCGAAUCACCAUCAACAAGAUUCUGUCCAAUGAGAGCUUCGUGCAAGAGAACCAGUACUUCCAGCGCUGCCUGGACUGGAACCGUGACAUUCUCAAGAGGGAGCUGGGACUGACGGAGCAGGACAUCAUCGACCUACCUGCUCUGUUCAAGAUGGAUGAAGAUCGCCAGGCCAGAGCCUUCUUCCCAAACAUGGUGAACAUGAUCGUGCUGGACAAGGACCUGGGCAUCCCCAAGCCGUUCGGGCCCCAGGUGGAGGAAGUGUGCUGCCUGGAGACGCACGUGCGGGCCCUGCUGGAGCCCCUGGGCCUCUACUGCACCUUUAUCGACGACAUCUCCGCCUACCACAAGUUCCUGGGGGAGGUGCACUGCGGCACCAACGUGCGCAGGAAGCCCUUCACCUUCAAGUGGUGGCACAUGGUGCCGUGACCCGCCGGGGCCCCUCCCUAGCUCUCCAGACCCCUCGAGCCCAGAACCUUUCUGCCCUGCAGGGAGGCAGUAGGGCAGGACUCGGAGAAUCUGUGCCUUGCCCUCCCUGAGAGGGGCCUCAGCGUCCACCAAAGCCAUCCCCGGGGAGGCUAGGCGCUGUCCUUCCUAAAAAUAGCUGGGCCGGUGUCUGUGUAGCCCUGGCAUGAGAAACAAAGCAACACAUAAUGAACCAUGUACCCAAACCAUUCCCCGAAGAGUUCUUAGUCUCUAGUCUAACGCUGAAUGUGGGGAGAAGGGAAGGAGAUUUUAGGGUUGCCGGUUCUUCCAGCAGCCAUCCCCCAGUGUCCAAGGUAAGACACCUAGAAAGGGACCCUGGGAUCCCAG